GCCUGAGGCUCAUUGCAUUCGUCUCCAUUCUGAUAUUAGCUUCCAUUGUUUAUUUCUAGAACAGCAUUGUGCAUCGAACUACACCCUGCAUUGAAUGUCAAAACUUACCACAGAUCGAUGGAUAUUAAUUCUUCAUGGAUAAUUUAGAUGUUUUAACAAAUUUUCUAGCAAAACCAUUCCUACACAUCACUGCCCGUGAUAUUUAUGGCGGCUUUCUGAUCUUCAGCAUUUUUGCCAAUUGAUCAAUUUCUAUUGAUUUUUUUAGGAUUUCAAACUUCUGAAGCGACAUGUAUAAUUCAUCACCUGAGUUCACUUUUAGCAGGCAACAUCGUUCCAAACAGACGACAAGGAGACAAUCGGAGGUGUCGCCAGCGCCAAAUAUGUUCCUCCGAUAUAUUGUUGUCUUCAGUGUGGCGUUCGUUUUUAUCCAACCAAGUCACGCCGCAGCUCCUGCGGCUCUCACCCCCGGCGUUGCGGUCAAGGCCGAAUACUCCGCGGUCACAGACCUCUUCUUGGGGUCAAAGGUCGCAUUCACUCUGACCGUGGGGUUCCCAGCAGGGGUCACUAGUGGUGUCAUUGUGGAGAUCCUCCCCUCCACUAACGUUACCAUCAUGGCGGUUGGUUCGGUCAAUAUGACAAGGGGAGCUAACCUCGACAUCGAUCCAAACACGAAGCUGGUCUAUCACCCUUCUGAGGAAUCCAAGGACGCCGCCUUCAAAAUCUACACUCGUGGAGUGUACAACUUUUCUGACGUGAAUAACGCCAACACCAACACCGCAGACGCCGAGAACAACCUGGUGAUUGAGUACGAGGCCUUCGUGGUCUCGGUGGACGGCCUGACAGAUGGCGCCACGCACUGGGUGAGCGCGGGGAUAGAGUACAACAACAGUUACAACGUGUGGAUAGGACAGGUCUCAUACACUAUGAAGACAGCCGCCCCUACUCUCACUAAAACCCCCACGUACAACUUGACGUCUCCCGCCAGCGCUACUUCAAUGGAUAAAGGGGAGAAACUGACGGUGUUGUUCGAAACAUGGAUGCCUUACCCAAGUCCAGACAUGGCGGCAGAGGCGUUCAGUCUCCAUAGCGACCCUAAUAACAACCAUCUCCAAAUGGUGUCACUAAGGGUCAAGGCGAUAGGGCAAAACUUUGAUGGAACAACUGUGGCGCCACAGGUUGACUUGUCCAAAAUUACAUCGACGGGGGUCCUGUGUAACACGAGCUGGUCCGGAAGUAGACGGGUCCGAGUGGCUCUUCCAACGACUCUCACAAACAAAGAAUCGCUUUCAACGUCUCCAUCCACGAGUACAGCAGACGACAGAAUCGAAUUCGAAGCCAUAAUAACCAUGACUUCGGAUGCUGUAGAGGGAGAUAUUUAUCCGGUCGGGUUCGGGAUUGAGGUGGAUGCAGCGGAAGUGUGGGUCUCAUACUUCAACAUAACAGCAAAUGCUCCCUCGGGAUCAUUGUCGGCUAUGUCACUUAACAUUGGUGACGUGAAUACAACGGCAUGCGUCGGCGCGAUGAAUGAGUUCACUGUCAACAUCAGCACUGCUGAGACGGGACUUACAGCGUUCUCUUUCAACGUGGAAGUGGUGGACUCGAACAACAUCAAACCAUCGGGGGUCAUGGUUGCCCAUAUGGAGGUUUUGGAGACCGGAAGUAAUGUUCUCUGCAGCGAGGUCAACUUUACCACUACCAGUACUACACUUAACACUGCCGUAGACAACUCCGGGAGUAUGGAGUUUAACAUCACUAACUUUGGUACCAUGACAGACCUUGGCGGGAAUAGCACAAUCACUGUGAAGGUAGUUUUGGUGCCGUUACCAGGAUAUGCAGUGACGGGGGACGCAUACAAAGUGAAAAUUGGGCUUACUGGUCACACGACAACGAUGGAUGAGACUACGGUGCUCGACAUCUCGUGUGAAAAUCAACCCGAUGCUCCUGUUAACUACGUUUUCGAUUUCUAUCACAACUGCACCGGAAACUGCUUGACAAGGGGAUCUGUGUUCGAAUUCUUCCUGGAUAUCACAACAGAGAGAAACAAGAAUCCGGGGCGCGUAAACGUAGAGCUUGCCGUGCCCACUAACGAAUCUGAGUCCUUCUUUGUCAUCUGUGGGUACGAGGUCGUCAAGAUCGGAUCGAAUCUGAAGUGUAUCUCCAACAAAACAAUAACGGAGGCAACCAAUGUCACAACGUUGUCUGAUGGGACUUACUCUAGAGUUGACGUGGUUUUCCCCGUGAUGUGCAACCUCGGAGUCGUCAAUGACACUGAGGAGGAUAAAGUUCGGGUCCGGAUGACGGUUAGAAUCCGGAAUGACACUAACGUUAAUUCCACCACCGAGGAAUGGUUUGGGUUAGGUUCCCGCUACAGCACCACUCAAGUCUGGGUCGGACAAUACAAAAUCUGCAUUCGGGCACCUGACCACUAUUCAGAACUUGCCCGCGUCCUGGGGGUAGCCAUCAACCCCGCGGACUUGGUGGGAGAUUUUCCAGGGGUCAGAGGGAUUGAGUACAGUUUUGAUGGUAUUGAGUUCAAGGACAAACCUGUUGUCUUUACUCCGGAUGUGGGGAAUUCCUCGGUGUACAACAUCGACAAACCCUUCAUCACCAAGUACGUGGGCAUGACCAAUCACCCGAACCAGACGUGCCAGGCCAGCUGCUACGUCAACCACGAAAUGGUGGUCACAAAACUUGAUGGUUAUCUGGAAAUAUUUAACGAUAACACCGGGGCGCUCAAAAGUCAAACCCCGAUCGCUCUGGACGGUGACAACGACACCUGCUUUGCUCUUCCGGUACAGGGUGACACACCGCCGUUGUUCUGGACGCGGAUGAAUACAUCAGUGGUUCUUGGAAUUAGUGCCUCACAGUUUGAUAUAGUUAUUACCGGGGAGGGUAUAUCCUGUGCCAAGCACUCCAACAACAGAGUAUUACAGGUGACUACACCUGCAUCUUUACAGGUUUCUUACCCAGAAUCCAGUUCGGUCGGAAAAUUCCAUGGUAACAUCCAGUUCUGCACUUUGACGGACAACAACGCGGUAGCCAACAGCUUCUCUUCCUGUCAGUUCAGGUGCAAAUGUCCCUCCCCCGCCAACUGCGAGGAAGUCAUCAUAUUCCUAGCCAAUGAGGAGAAUGGGUCCAACUGGAAGUUGUGCGAGAUCUCUGCAACUAAUUUCUAGGCGUCCAAUCAGGAUCCUCAAUUGUAUCACGUGACAUCCGUCCAUUAUUUAUCUCUCCUUUACGAUAUGAAAUCAAGAUAUGGUGAUUUGGUAAAAAUUUGCCUUUGAUUUAUAAUAACAUUCUGUCUAUCUUGAUUCAAUUCAUAUUUGACAUAUCAACUCUAGAAUCACGAACAACGACAAUAUAUAGUGCCAUUUUAGUAUCAGCAGUGUAUUACAUUUGUUACUUAUAUAAUGUAAUACUCUCGACAGUUUCUGUAAUUAGCGUUAAUAUAACUUGGAUCCAACUUGUUACUCACGCUAAGUCGGUCGUGAUUUAACCUUUUUUCUUCUUAUGAUGAUGUUUUAUUUUUUCAUUUGACAUUCUUAUCACUGUGAUUUUGUAACGAGAUAAAAUGUUUCAAAGAAACUUGCAAAACACCUGCUGUUAAAUAUA